AUGAUCGAAAAUAAGGUAGAACUGGUGGCUGAACUGGUGCUAGAAUCAGUGGGUAAAGCGGAUGUGAUAGCACGUAGCACAACGGGAACCAAGUUAAGCCAAGUGAUUUUCCACAUUAUAGGAUCAUCCGAUGAGGAAGGUGCAACCCCCUUUGAGUUAACGGUGGUCCAGACACUGGAAGACGAUGACAAGUACACCGUUAUCAUUCGUCACCGCUCGUCGAUCACCAUGGCGUGCUUGGUGGAUUACAAGGAUUUCAAACUGCCUACGGAACUGAAAUGGCCCCUGGAAAGAGACUCGUUGCCUGUGGAUCCAGAUUUGAAGCCUGUGCUCACGCAACUCAAGAAACAACCCAAUGAAAGUGCCGAUAUGCCAAAGUUUGACGAUGAAUAUCAAGCGCAAACAAGGCAGCAGCAGAGAGAGGUACCAUUGAACCCGUACCCAGGCCUCACCGUGACCGAACCGGGCUUUACAAAUCCAGCAGGAGGGUAUGCAGACCGUGAUCUGUACCCCAUGGGCACAAGCCAUCCAGACUGGUCUCGAGGGCUGCCCAAUCCCUUGGGCUCUGCAGGUGGCCAAGGAGGUAUGAUAUUUGACCCGAACAGAAGGCCUGCACAGAGACGAGAGGACAUGCCGCCAGGAUGGAUGCCUGGAUCCAGGUACAACGAACCGUUUGGGCCCGGAUCCGGCGGGCUUGGAGGGCCAGGGUCCGGCUUUAUCUAG